AUAACAUGUGUUGGUAAAGUGCCAGUUCCCAAAGGCCAGACGGACGACAAGAUGGGUGCUCCACUGUUCAGUUUCGUUGUAGCAGCACUUGGAGUGUUAUUCCUUCAAACUUCAGCUCUACCUCCUAAACAAUGUAACGAAAAAGCUGAUAUCGUUUUCAUUCUUGAUUCUUCAUCAAGUGAGGGAACGACGAAUUUCCAUAAACAGUUGGAUUUCGUGAAGAACUUUGUUCAGCAGUUUGAUGUAGGUCCUGACAAAACACAGUUCAGUGCCAUCACAUUCUCGACUCACGUAAAAAAUAAUUUCUGGUUGAACGAGCACCAGACCCAAUCAUCCGUGCUGUCUGCGCUUAACAACGUGAACUACCAGUCAGGUAUCACGAACACUGACCAAGCUUUGAACUUUGCCAGACAAAAUGCGUUCCUCGCAAACAAUGGCGGACGUCCAGACGCCGAGAAGAUUGUCAUUGUCCUCACGGAUGGUCAGUCAACAAGUCCAUCUAAAACUUCGGCCGCUUCCAACACUCUUCAUCACAGCGGAGUCGAGGUUAUCUCUGUGGGAAUCGGUAAUGGCAUUACGCAGUCAGAACUGAAUGUCAUCGCCAGUGACCCACAGCAUGUCUUUCAGGUAUCGUCGUUUGACGCUUUACAAAGCAUCCAGACUGAACUGACGAAUGCCGCCUGUCAAGCUCCAACUGCCGCGUGUAGUAAGAAGAAGGCUGACAUCGUGUUUGUACUCGAUUCCUCCAGCAGUAUUGGAUCCACCGACUUCACUAAACAGCUGGAUUUUGUCAAAAAUAAUGUCCGCCAGUUCGACAUUGGACCAGACGACACUCAGAUCAGUGUGGUGUCCUUCUCCGACAGCGUAUUUGAUGAGUUCCAUUUGAACCGAUUUACUGCUAAAACGCAGGUCCUCGGGGCCAUAUCUGCUAUCAAAUACCACACCGGUACAACGUACACAAACCUAGCCCUCGCACAUGUCAGAAAUGAGACCUUUAUUGCAGCCAAUGGUGGCCGACCGGAUGCAGCUAAAGUGGUCAUUGUCUUGACCGACGGCCAGUCCACUUCGGGCCAGGCAACUAUAGCCGAGGCCAACAAGCUUCAUAUGACGGGAGCAGAAGUAGUCGCAAUAGGUAUAGGAAGUGGAGUCGACAAGGGUGAACUCAAUGCCAUCGCUACAGACCCUGCACACGUUUUCGAGGUCCAGAACUAUGACGUAUUGUCAUCCAUCCAGCACAGCCUUGAACUUGCCACAUGUAAAACAAACGAAUGUCGUGGACAGAAGGCCGAUAUCGUAUUUUUGCUGGAUUCUUCUGCAAGUGAAGGAAGCGAGAACUUCAACAAGCAGUUGGAUUUCAUGAAGAAUUUCACCAUGCAGUUUCAGAUAGGUAAAGACAACGUCCAGAUGGGUUUGGCCGUGUUCUCCACUCUCACGAAUAACGAGUUCUGGCUGAACACCUACAACGAUAGUGGCUCUCUGGAGAACGCUAUCGACAAUGUUCAGUAUUUACCUGGAAAUACGUACACAGAUGAGGCCCUUCAAUUUAUCGUCAACAACAGUUUCACAGCUGAGCACGGUAUGCGUGAUGGCAUCCCCCACAUCCUUGUGGUAAUGACAGACGGGCAGUCACAUGACCCCGCGGCCACAGCAAGUAUAGCAAAGCUCGUGCACAAUGCAGGUAUUAAGACGGUGGCAAUAGGCAUAGGAACCGACGUGGAUAAAAAUGAACUCCAGGCUAUAGCAACAGACGCUAAUCACAUGAUCUUAGUUCCUGAUUUCAAUGCCCUGGCUACGAUACAGAGUGAGGUUGAGGCAUCUGCAUGCAAGUCUGAACGGCCUGAUCAAGAAUGUGGUACUCAACCAGCCGACAUUGUGUUCAUAUUGGACGCGUCUAGUAGCGAGGGACACGCCAACUUCAACAAACAACUCCAGUUCAUGGGAGAUUUCGUAAAGCAGUUUCAGAUCGGUCCCAAAAAUGUCCAGGUCGGUCUCGUUACAUUUUCAACAAGCGCUCACAACGAGUUCUAUUUCAACACAUACCAUGACCAAGCAAGUAUCUUGAACAAGCUCCAGAAUAUUCAUUACACGGGCGGGACCACCCACACUGACAAAGGGUUGCAGUACUCGCGACUCUUCCACUUUAAUUCAGCAUAUCAUGGUGCGCGUAGAAACGCCGACAAGAUUGCUGUUGUUAUGACUGACGGACAGUCCAGCAGCAAAUCAAGCACAAGUAGACAGGCACAGUACCUGAAGGAUAUGGGUGUGAAGGUGAUCAGCAUCGGAAUAGGGUCUGGUAUUGAUUCGAGAGAGUUGACGAGUAUCGCCACAGACACUCAACACGCGUUUAGUGUCAACAGCUUCGACGUUCUCAAAAGUAUCGAGCUGGAACUAAAGAAUGCAGCUUGCGGAGUUCCUACACAAGCGCCGAAUGUCGACCAAGAAUGUGGACAAAAACUUGCUGAUAUAAUUUUCCUACUUGAUUCCUCUGGAAGUGAAACAAGGACUAACUUCAACAAGCAACUUGAUUUCGUGAAGAACUUCGCGAGUCAGUUCCAGAUCGGUCCCAAUAACGUGCAGGUAGGCGUGGCAACAUUCUCCACCCACGUCACCGAGCAGAUCAAAUUGAAUGCCUACCAUGAUCAGCAGGCCUUAAUGGCCGGUAUCUCCCAUGUUUCCUACGAUGGAGGUCUGACGUACACAGAUGACGCACUCAAGUACGCCCGACAGACUGGGUUUUUACCCAGCCAUGGCGGUCGCUCAAACGCAACCCACAUCGUGGUCGUUAUGACCGAUGGUCAGUCGUAUAGUUCGGGACUAACCAAGACACAAGCUACGCUUCUGAAGAACAUUCCUGGUAUGAAGGUUAUUUCCAUCGGUAUCGGCAGCAGCGUCAACCGCGAUGAACUUCUAACAAUUGCCUCCGACUCGUCACAUAUGUUUGAGGUUGCUAACUUUAAUUCUCUGUCACAAAUUGGGUCGGAAAUCACCUUUGCUACAUGUAAUACUUGUGGUUAUGAUGACAGAGCCGACAUGGUCUUUGCCAUUGAUGCCUCUGGGAGUGAAGGUUCAACUAAUUUCCAAAAGUCGCUUGACUUUAUGGCCCAGUUCGUGAACAGUUUUCCUGUUGGCCCUGGACAUGUACAGUUCGGUCUUGUUACUUUCGGCACACACGCAGUAAAUGAAUUUGACUUAAACCAAUAUAGUGAUAAACAGUCGGUCCUCUCAGCAAUUCAGAAAGCAAACUACGAGUCUGGAACCACGGCAACCGGCGAAGCCUUGAAGAUCAUCAGGGAACAUAGUCUUCAAACGCCUGCAGGAGCAAGACCGAGCUCCCAUCAUUUCGUGAUCGUACUGACAGAUGGCGCUUCAACCAACUCCUCACAAACAGUUGCAGAGGCUGCAAAGUUAAAGCAGAAUGGGAAUACAACCGUUAUUAGUAUCGGAAUAGGAUCUAACGUGGAUAAAUCUGAGCUAAAUACCAUUGCAACUGACAGUCGUCAUGUUUUCAACGCAAUUGACUUUAAUGCAUUAAGUAACAUCAGAAGCGAAGUCCGUAAGGCAACAUGUGACGUACAAGGGACAACUACCUUACCCACUACAAUGAAACCUACAACCACUCCAGAACCACCAACCACACCAAUGCCUACCACCACCACACCAAUGCCCACCACUACGCCGGUACCAACAACUACUGACGGUGAAAUAUACGUUACAGACCCCCCGUCAACCACUCUUGGGGGAGGAAAACAUGCAAAAUCCAGUUUUGUAUCCAAAUUCACUAUGGUGUUUAGAUUCAAGAUGGCGAAUCGUUUCCAGUGCGUCACAGCUGUGCUGUUUGGAUUUUAUAUAUCCUUGAUCGUGGCUCAAGGGACACAAGACUGCCGUGGUCAAAAGUCAGACAUUAUCUUUUUGCUUGAUUCUUCAACAAGUGAAGGCCAGCAAAACUUCAAACAUCAAUUGGAUUUUGUGAAGAACUUGACAGCAAUUUACGAUAUUGGUCCAAACAACGUCCAGAUUGGUCUUGCUUCUUUUUCAUCGCACGUUCACAAUCAGUUCUGGUUAAAUACUUACCAUAACCAGGCCAGCCUCCAAAACGCUAUCGGCAAUGUUCCGUUCACUUUCGGUAACACGAACACAGGAGAGGGAAUCAAUUUCGUCACUACACAGGGUUUCACGUCAGCUCAUGGUAUGCGUAAUGAUGUCCCGAAUAUCCUGGUGGUGAUGACAGACGGUCAGUCACAAGACGGUACAAAUACAGCUUCAAUGGCUUCCAAGGCUCACCAAGCAGGAAUAGAAGUGGUCGCAAUCGGAAUAGGCGAUGGGGUGAGCACGUCUGAAUUACAGGCAAUCGCCAGCGAUCCUAAACAUAUUUUGACAGUGGAGAACUUCCUCGCUUUGGCCUCUAUUCAGCACAAUGUGGCAGCAGCUACAUGCAAUAUUGCUACACCUGCGCCCCUUACCGCUCUAGGCUGUAAAACCUCACAGGCAGACGUCGUCUUCAUCCUGGAUUCAUCCGGAAGCGAAGGACAAAAUAACUUUCAAAAGGAGCUCCAGUUUGUUAGUAAUUUUGUGAAUAACGUGCAAAUUGGUCCACAGAACAUCCAGGUUGGUCUUGUUACAUUUUCCGACAUAGUAAAGAACGAAUUUUAUUUGAAUUCUUUCAAUAACAAACUUGAUAUAAUGACCAAGCUACAGAAUGUUUCCUAUCGAGGCAGCACAACAUACACAGAACUAGGCUUGCAGUAUGCUAGACAAUUCCAGUUCACCUCCAGGCAUGGCGCGCGGCCUAAUGCUACGAAGAUUGCUGUCGUACUGACGGACGGACAAUCGCAUAGCCGUCCAGCGACUCUAAGUGAAGCAUCGAGACUUAAGCAAAUCGGGGUAAAGAUCAUCAGUGUUGGUAUUGGUACGCAAGUAAGCCAAGAGGAGAUUAACGGCAUAGCAUCAGACAGUAACCAUGCAUUCACCGUAGCAACCUUCGAUGCCCUACAUACAAUACAGUCUGAACUGGAAAACACCGCUUGUGGGGGUACCAUUCCUCCUGUCACUACAACUUGUGGUUCCAAGCCUGCGGAUAUCGUUUUCAUUUUGGAUUCGUCUGGAAGUGAGGGUGGCGACAACUUCAACAAACAACUGCAAUUUAUGUCUAACUUCGUCAAACACUUCAGCAUAGGACCACAUGAUGUCCAGUUCGGCCUGGUAACAUUUUCUAUACAAGCAAGAAACGAGUUCUAUCUGAAUACAUACAACAGCGUACAAGACAUUUCAAACAAGUUAACAAACAUUGCCUAUAUCGGUAGUACCACACACACAGAGUUGGGUUUACAAUAUGCAAGGCAGUUCCAGUUUUCAUCCAGUCACGGAGCUCGGCAAAAUGCGCAAAAAAUUGCAAUAAUUUUAACAGAUGGACAAUCACAAAGCAGUACUGACACGAUUCACCAGGCUGACUUGUUAAAGCAAAUGGGUGUUAAGAUUAUCAGUAUUGGAAUAGGGUCUUACAUCUCCCAAACGGAACUUUUGUCUAUGGCAGCAGAUCAACAGCACGUGCUCACUGUCGGCAGUUUUGACGCUCUACAUACUAUUCAGUCCGAAUUAAAGGAGUCUUCGUGUGGUGGAGGGGCAGGAGGAACAACACCAGCCUCAACAGGUACAAAUUCCGCUUGUUUGGCAGAUGUAGUGUUUGCUAUAGAUGCGUCCGGAGUUGAGGGCCAAUCCAACUUCCAGAAGUCACUCGCUUUCAUGUCUGAAGUUGUUAAUGAGUUCCCAGGUGUUCCUUAUAAUGUCAAAUUCGGUCUGGUCACUUUUGGGUCUCACGCUAGUACCAAUUUUUACCUGUCGCAGUACAAUAGUAAAACAUCGUUGAUCAGAGCCAUACAGAGCACGUCAUACAUUGGAGGGACACAGAACACAUGGAUUGGCCUGUACGUUGUGCGUCACACCACUCUCACCACUGCUAAAGGCGCGAGACCUGGAGUUAAACCCUACGUUAUUCUUAUAACAAACGGGAAAUCCUCUAGUCAUCCCAGCUUUCUACGGGAGACAACGAGUCUACGUCAGGCUACCAACAUGACGGGUAUAGCUAUUGGGAUAGGAAAUGGAGUAAAUAUGGAUGAAAUUAAUUCUUUCGCAAACGAUGGACAUCACGCAUUCCACGUCAGUAAUGCUGAUGGUUUGUUGACCCUCAAACACACCAUCCAUGAUUCCAUAUGUGGAGGGAUAUCAUCAGCAGUAACAACCUCAUUACCAACCUUCACUACGACACCCGGGGAUUCUUUCCAGGUCUUUCCCGAUUCUUCAAACUGAACGAAUAUACGAUACAUUUGAACCCAAAGUACAGAAGAAUGACAAAA